CUGGGCAGAGAACAUCCUCACCGCACAGGGCAAAGGCAGAGGCGAGACGGCGAGGAGCUAAGCAUGCUGCGUUGGGUGGCUCGUGCAUGGACGGGCGGAGCAGCGGGACGGAGCGCGGUGGCGCAGGGGCUGGUGGCGGGAGGUGCCGGGACGACGGGAGUGGGGCAGUGGGUGCGGAGGAAGGGGACGGCAGCCGAGGUCAAGGCCGAGGCGAAUGAGGUGGCGCGGCUGCAGGCUGAGCUGGAGGCCGAGGAGGUCGAGCACCAGCGGCUGACGGUCGAGCUGCAGAAGUCAAUGUCGUCAGGCCGCAAGUCGAUCUGCGUGUUUGGCGCUGGCCUCUCGGCCAAGGCUGCGAUUCGGUACCUGGUGGACCAUGCAGAAGAGUGUGGAUGGCACAUCCAUGUGGGUGACCAGAACGUGGACACGGUGCACAAGCUUCUCGAAGGGCGGCCGAACACGUCUGCGUUUGCCUUUGACGUGGCGGACGCCGAGACGAUCGAGACCGAGGUCGCUGCGGCGGACCUUGUGAUCUCGAUGGUGCCUGCGCAUUUGCACGGACGGAUUGUGCGGCCUGCGGUCGAGAAUGGGGUCGACGUGGUCACGGCGUCGUACGUGUCGGACGAGAUUCGGGAGCUUGACGCGCUGGCGCGGAAGCGCGGCUCGCUGGUGAUGAUGGAGUGCGGGGUGGAUCCGGGCAUCGACCACAUGUCGGCCAUGCACGUCCUGCAAAACAUCCGUGCCGAGGGCGGGACGGUGACCUCGUUUGAGUCGUUCACGGGCGGGCUUGUGGCCGACGAUUCGGACGACAACCCGUGGAAGUACAAGUUUACGUGGAACCCGCGCAACGUGGUCCUCGCAGGGCAGGGUGUCUCCAAGUUUGUGUACAACGGAACGCUCAAGUACAUGCCAUACUGGCAGCUCUUCCAGCGGAUCGAGCAUGUGGAGAUUCCAGAGAACCCGCUGGCGGGCGCCUCGGUCUUUGAGGGCUACGCCAAUCGCGACUCGCUCUCGUACCGACAGGCGUACGGGCUCGAGCACUGCCCGACGGUCUUCCGCGGCACGCUUCGCAAGCCGGGCUUUUGCGCAGCGUGGGACGUCUUUGUCCAGCUCGGCCUCACCGACGACUCGUACGUCAUCCCCGACUCGGAGAACAUGACUUACCGGCAGUUUAUCAACUCAUUCCUCAUGUGGCGGCCCGAGGACACGGUCGAGCUCAAGCUCGCGUACCACCUGGGCAUCUCGUUCGAGUCUGCGGUCUUUGAGCAGCUGCGCUGGCUCGGCAUCUUUGAGCACAAGAAGAUCGGACUGCCCAACGCCACGCCGGCCAAGGUCCUGGAGAAGCUGCUGACCUCCAAGCUUGUGUUUACCGAGAAAGAUCGCGACAUGCUCGUCAUGUUCCACCGCAUCCAGUACGAGACGCUCUCGGGCCAAAACAGGCAGGUCUCGGCCUCGCUCGUCUCGAUCGGCGAGGGCGAGUCUGACCCGUCCAUGACCGCCAUGGCCAAGACCGUCGGCCUCCCGGUCGGCAUCGUAACCAAGCUCAUCCUCCAGGGCAAGGUCACCGCCCGCGGCGUCCAGAUCCCGACCUUUGACGAGGUGACGACGCCGGUGCUCGACGAGCUCGCCACCCUGGGCAUUGCCCUUAAGGAGAUUGACGAGCCGCUGCAUCUCGCGCCGCAGUCUUAA